AUGGUUUACAAUUGUAACGAAUGCGGGAGUAAUUUUCCAAAGCUGAGUCAAUUACUUCAACACAGGAGGACAGAAAAUCACUGGAGAAUGUUUAGUUGUGAUACGUGUGGAAAAACAUUUAACCGAAAAGUAAACUUAGACAGACAUAAAAAGAAGCAUACGAUAACCAAUAAUCUACAUUGUACAGUUUGUAGCCAACCGUUUACACGCUAUGAUAACCUCAAACGUCAUCAGAUGGAGAAACAUCAGAUGGGUGGGGGGUUGAAGAGAUCAGCGGAAAAUGAUGACAUACCUAUAAAACGCUUGAAGAAAAACGACGAUCCUAAAGAAUUUUACAAUAUUACGAAAAUCAAUGAACAGCGCAUGGAAAAAUUUAAACGACAUCCUCUACUUACAAAGUGA